UGUUUUGUGCUCAUUGUUUUCUCUGAUAAAGAUAUUAUAACAUCCUGUAACCUUCACAGCCAGAUUCAUAUUCAUCCACAGGGUGAUAGAAUUAUAGUCAGUGAUGCUUGUUUUCAAUUUAUCUAUAUUAAUUUAUUUAUAUAUCAGGCACGAAGAUGACUUUCCUUGUGGGUUUGCUGUUGACAAUAGUUGGGGUCGGCGCCAUGUCAGUUAAUCUGGUGCAAGACGAAUGGAACACAUUUAAGUUAAGACAUGGUAAAAAAUACGAUCCCGAGGAAGACAGCUACCGCAUGCAGAUCUUUAUGCGCAAAAGACACUUCAUAGAACAGCACAACCAACGCUAUUUGCGCGGAGAGACCACAUACUAUAUGAGAACAAAUCAAUUCUCCGACUACUACGAGUCUGAAAUCAAUAAAUAUUUAUACGGAUUUAAUAUGACUGAUUAUCUGUUGUACGCUAAAAAAGGAGCUACGUUUGUUCGGCCUACGCAUUCUGUACCUGAUUCCAUUAACUGGGUGACCAGAGGCGCAGUAACCCCAGUCAAAAAUCAAUAUCACUGCGCUUGUUGUUGGGCCUUCUCUGCUGUGAGUGAAAGCACAAGUCUUCUGGUCCAUUUAUUAACCACCACCCACCAUCUUUAG